AUGAAGCAGCUCAUCUUACUCUUGGUCGCCACAGGUAUUCACACUUCGUCAAAAACGUCUUCUUGGAACUUCAUCAAACCAACUUCGAAAAAAAAAAAAACAAUUUUUCAAGAACAUCUACCAAAGAGUAGAGAUUUAUGCAAAAAUUUUUUUCCAGCGAAAAUUUGUUACUUUCAUUGGAGAGCGUUUAAAACAAUGCAAUUAUGAGAAAGUAAAUUGAAAACAAACUUUUCUUACCAAGUCAUUCAAAAGCUGGAUGAAUUCGAAGAUUUACAGGCAUCUGUCUGUGUGAUGUGACCUCAAACUGCGACGGUAACAAGUUUGUAAUUUGUCAAAAAAAGUUCUCCGAUAGCUUGGGAAUCGACCAAUCUUACAAUUGGUGAGGACUAACUUCCCGUUUUUUUUCUGUUCAAUUAAGAAUUAUGAAACAUAUGUAGAAAGUUUAGGCAAAAUCCACUGGGUCUCACCACGCAGAUCCAGAACAUCUACAUCAAAGGUGGACCCAACGGCCAGCGAGGUCUUAACGCCGUUUGCAAGUUUCAAGAUCGCUUUUUUCUAAUAAUCAAUUGAACAUUCAGCGCCUACAAUUCUUUCAUCCAAUGCCUCAGUGACAGUGCUUUCACUGCUUUCGAAUGCUUCGACCCAAGGUAUUCGAUUUGCUCAUUUUUUCAGUUAAUGAUUAAUGAAGAACAGUUCAAGGACAACUAGUGAAAGUAUUUCUCGUUUCUGCUUUUUGAGCUCGACUCUAAAGUUACAUACAUCAGAAGCAAACUGUUUGAACGCUUUUAUGCUUUUCAUGGCUAUUUGUCAGGUGGCUGAUAAAAGCGAGCAGUACACCAAACCAGGCUUAUUCCUACGCCUUCCUAAUGAACAUGAUCCAGUAUCAGUGUGGUGCCGGCUUCUACAGUUUGUGAUUUUCAAAAUAAACCAGCAAAAAGAAUACAGUUGCCUCGGACAACUGGUCAUGCAUGCAGCGAAUCUACGCCGGCAAGAACGGCACAAUGACCGGCUGCAUCACAAACUUUGUGCUCAAUACUCAGGAGGAUCCUAACAAUGUAAGCCCCGAGACCGUUUUUUUUAAAGACAGAAGACUUUCAGGCGUGCUCCUACGUUCAGAAGGGCAUGGACUGUUUCGGAGACUCAGCACGUCUUCAGGGCUGUCCUGACGAGCUGCGCUACUACGGCUGCGAGUCCUUCAAGCAGUACACGGCGCCUCAGUUUGCCUACUGCACCACUCAGCAAUGCGUCGGUGAGUGUUGAACCGCAUAAUAUCUUUAACUAAUAUGCUAUCCAGAACAAAAAACUUCGAACCAUGGAAGUCAUGUUUUUUUUUAAUAUUUACUUUUUGGCAAUAAAAACCCCAUUCAUACCGUUUUGAUUAUUUAUUUCUUGAAGAGAAUAUAUUUGUUAAUUAUCCGCCUAAAUAUUAAUUUUAUAAUUAAUAGUUAGGCGGAUAAUUAAUCUCAAAAAAUAACUUGGCCCCCCUAUGGUACUAAUAUUAUUCAUGUUGUCAGAGAUUGAAUCUACUACAGUUUCGUGUAUCCUUCUAAUGAUCAUGAGAGAAUAAUUUCAGUCAUCAAAGACUUGAAAAAGUACAAAUAACCUUGGAAUUCCCCAACUAAACUUUUUUCUGACUCAACUUGAAAUUGAUGAAAACGCCAGUCAGAGUAAUGUUAAACAAUGAUUAACUUUCAGUCGACACUACCUUCCGCUGA